AUGCUCCAUUCAACAUUGGCCUUGUCCCUCCUACUAAUUGCAGUCUCUUCCAACCUUGCGAUGGCAAUCAAAAAGGAAAAACGAGCACCUCAGACUCUGUCAAGAGGGUGGGGAGAUGAAAUUACCUGGGUACAAACUUAUGAAGAAGGGCUUUAUCAAGCAAAAAAAAGUAACAAGCCACUGAUGGUAAUUCAUCAUUUGGAAGACUGUCAAUACUGCCAAGCACUGAAGAAAGCUUUUGCAGAAAAUGAAGAGAUACAGGAAAUGGCCCAAAAUGACUUCGUUAUGCUGAAUCUCAUGCAUGAAACCACAGAUAAAAACCUGUCACCUGAUGGACAAUACGUGCCUCGAAUCAUGUUCAUAGACCCAUCUCUCACAGUAAGAGCUGAUAUCACAGGAAGAUACUCCAACCGUCUUUACACUUACGAACCACAAGACAUACCAUUCUUAAUAGAGAACAUGAAGAAAGCACUACGCCUCAUUCAGACAGAACUGUAA